CAACAUUACCUCCACUCAAACUCGUCAAUUCCCUCAGACUCAUCGGAGUCAGCCGAAACCUUCCACUAUGCGAUUCUCAACAAGCACCAUCCUGGUCACCGCGCUGGGGUGGAUCACCGCCGCGACCGCACACACCAUCCAGCUCAAGGCUCACUCACGAGAAUGUUUCCACGAGACACUGCACCGCGACGAUGUCAUGACUGUCACUUUCCAGGUUGGAGACCGGGAGUUUGGAGGGAGUGGAAACCUUGAGGUUGAUUUCUGGGUCGAGGAUCCCCUGAGAAACCGCCAGUACUUCAAGCAGGCCGUUGCCUCCGACGACUACUCCUUCACCGCACAGGCGGAUGGCAAAUACAACUACUGCUUCAGCAACGAGGGCUGGACCUCCAACUCCAAGGAGGUCUCCUUCAACGUCCACGGAAUUGUCUACGUGCCCGAACACGAGAUGACGCAGGAUCCCCUCGAGGUCGAAGUUCGCAAACUCACCGAGGCUUUGACCCAGGUGAAGGAUGAGCAGUCGUACAUUGUCGUGCGUGAGCGAGUACACCGCAAUACCGCAGAGAGCACCAACGGCCGCGUGAAAUGGUGGAGUAUGUUCCAGCUUAUGGUGGUUAUUGGCGAGGGUGUGUUCCAGGUGUGGUGGCUCAAGAGAUUCUUCGAGGUCAAGCGCGUGGUCUGAACCAGAUUUACCGGCUUUCCUUGAUCAAAAACAUCUCUAUUUCCCUUUUGUUAUGCAUCGAUGAGCGGCAAUUGUGGAUUUUGAUAUUUCUGGACCAGUUCGUUUCCAGCGCGAUGUACCAGGAUAAAUUUAUCACGUUUUCACGCCACGGUGUCAUGCGAUCAUCGAGUCUAUAUAAUAUAAAUCUGUACUACCACAGUGACCCAG